GCUCUUUCAUCCAGAUUCCAAACAUUCCAAACAUUCCAAACAACUCAACUUAUAUUAAUUUCCUCCAUCGAGGAAUAAGAAGUCGACAACAAACAGUUGCAUUAAAAAGGACAAUCAGACUAUUGAAAUAAUCCAAUACGCAAUACCCGAUACCGAUACCGCCUCACCUCGAACUCGUCAGAUAAGACUUUAGACUACAUUCUCGUCUCCGGUCCUCGUCACAAGACACCAAGCCAAUCUUGUCAAACCAGUCAGCCAUUCAUUGUCAACCAAGAACCUUCGAUUCCUUUCUUCUUACAAUACCUCCCUACACAGUACAACGAAUACAACGAAUACUCAAGAAAUCCGAAACUCCUUUCAAUCAUACUUGCAAUCUAUAAUCUACAAUCUAAACACUUCUUCAUUUACAAUCAAUCACCCUUCAAUUCUGUAUUCUGUAUUCUCUAUUACUCUCACCGAUAACAUCAACAUCAAAGCACCAUCAUCAUCAUGUCUACUCCUUCAAGCGCCACUUCAUCAAGAUCCUCGUCUCCAGAAUUACAAUCACAAUCAAUGCAAAUCUUUGUCAAGGUUUUGUCCGGCGACAGUAUGUUUGAUCCUAAAUUCAUCCGUUCCUAUAGUUUCCAGCUAACUCCGAAUCUAGCUAUACCCAUAACCGUCCCCGAAGACACAACCAUUUCAAACCUCGCUCACCUUCUCUCCCUCCGCACAUCAUCUCCGUCUUCUACAUUACGUCUCGUACACGCUGGAAGGCAUCUACCACCAUCAUCAACUCUCACCUCGAAUAACAUUACUCGAGACUCGACAAUCCACGUCGCAGGGACACUAAGAGGUGGUAUGCCACCUAAGAAGAUUAAGUGUAAUUAUAAGGACUGUGGGGUAGCAGCACAACGAAUAGUAGGACACUGUGGAUUCUGUGAAGGGGAAUUUUGUGGGAAGCACAGAAUGUUAGAGGAUCAUAAGUGUGUGAAAUUAGAAGACGUGAGUUACCCUACUUCCGAUGAUGUAUUUCCCAAGUUUCACUUCGGGGAGUCUGUUCUUCAAGGGGUAUUUUGUGGUUCUAUGAAGGAAGAACAGAUUCAAUGGUGGCAGGUUGGAUUAGGAGAUGUGCUAUCAGAAAUCAUGCAUAAAGAUGGAAUUAUAGGCUGACUUAUUUCAUUAUAGUGCAAGAAGGAAUGUCAUGAACGAAAUGCCGCUCAACUGAAUGCCGAGCGUACCCAAGUUAUCAAGGGCAUCUAGAACACUUCAUCCUCUUCUGCAUUAUGCAUCCUACUCGAGAUUAUAUAAGGAGGCAUAAAGGGUAUACCUAUUCGAGCGUCAUUACGAUCUUCGAACUCUACUUGAUCAUUUAGUCCAUGUCAGUAGUUUAGGUUUCCCACCUCCCUAAUCGCCACUGGUGGUGCUAUCUCGAGUCGAGACCUCAUCCCGCCACUUACCAUUCCACUUCAUUUACAUCUUCGUUAUAUUAUGGUUUUUAGCGGGCGUAAGGAAAUGGUUGUUUUACAUCUUCGCUUACAUGCCAUCGAUUGCAUUUUCGUAUCCAUCUAAUUCUCUCUCCUAGUCGUCAUUGGGGAGUUCUGAUGGUUUUGAUGUAAUACGAUGGGUGAUUGGUUUUAGAUGUAUGGGUGGUAAUAUAGUUGAGGUUAUCUUAUCUUUCGUAGGAGAGAUAGGGUCGAUUUGUUAUAUAGUUUUUGAAUCGAAUUACAUAUUAGUUUCUCCG